GAGACCCCCACGAAACCGAAUGCCAAGUUCCCAUUGGCUCGGGGUUUCUGCAGAGCCGGCACCCUGCCCGGGCUGGCUGUGUUCUUAAACCAAGGGUGCCACCCUCCAGGUCAUCCUUGAGAUAGGAGCUGCAGUCCCCACUGCCAGUUCUUCCCCUUCAUGUGGCUAGGAACUGUACAGUAACCCACAGCCAUGGGAUCCCAAGGCAGCUCGGGGCGGGAGAGCGUCUUUCUGCUUGCAGUGCUGGUAUCAACAAUGGUGCUAACUCCGACUUUAGCCAUUCACGUUUACACGGACCGGGAGAUCCACGGCACGGUGGGAUCCAAAGUCACGCUCUCCUGCACCUUUUGGUCGAGGGAAUGGAUCUCUGACGACAUUUCCAUCACUUGGCACUUUCAGCCGGAAUAUAGCAGAGACAGCAUUUCAAUAUUUCACUAUGCCAAAGGUCAACCUUACAUAGACAAUGUCGGGACCUUCAAGGAACGUAUUGAGUGGAUUGGGGACCCCAGCUGGAAAGAUGGUUCCAUUGUCAUCCACAACUUGGAGUACACAGACAAUGGAACCUUCACCUGUGAUGUCAAGAACCCACCCGACAUCGUGGGGAAAACGUCUCAAGUCGUUCUCUACGUCUUUGAAAAUGUGCCUGUCAGGUAUGGUGUGGUAUUGGCAGCCGUCAUUGGAGGUGUGCUAGGCCUGGUCCUUGUCAUCUUAGUGAUCGCCUAUCUCAUCAGGUAUUGCUGGCUGAGAAGACAGGCCACUCUGCAACGGAGACUCAGUGCUAUGGAGAAAGGAAAGCUGAGGCUGGGCAGAGAUUCCUCCAAAAGACGCCAGCCUCCUGUCCUGUACGCGAUGCUGGACCACAGCCGUCUCACCAAGUCCGCCAGCGAGAAGAAAUCAAAGGGAGGCCUGGGCGACUCUCGCAAAGAUAGGAAAUAGCGGUUAGCAGGCAGGAAAGGUACCCAGAAGAAGGCGGGCGAGAAGAAGGUCGUCAUGACCAUCGAGAUGGAACUGAAGAAGGACCAGCUCGAGGCGGAAGGCCUCAAGCCCGCAGUCAAGUCCCCCAGCAAGAACAGCCUCAAAAAUGCCCUCAUGAACAUCAUCAAAAGCGAUUCAGAAAAGUGAUUUAGAACGACGGGAAUAUCCUAGCCCUUCAUUUCCUGAGAAGAGGGGCCUGGGAUGCUUCCUCCUUCAUCUUGUGUUUGUUCUCUGCCUAGCCUGUCUAGUCAGGGGCUGAAGGGAUUUUGGUAUAUUCUUGCCUCAGCCGGCUUGGUCUCCGUCUCUCUUUCUUUCCUAACCGUGACAGAGAGACCUCCAACCUAUUACACGUAAUGCAAAGCACAGGGUACCUACACACUUAACUCUAUUAAUAAUCCCUAGGACUUUGUAUAUUUGUGGAAGGAGGUGGCAAAUGGAGGUCAGAUCAUCACUGACAUGGAACCAACUUGCCAUCUUCCAAUAUUAGACGCCUCUGUGCCUGCCUGAGAAAUUAGGAGACUGCCAGGCCAAUGAAAAGACACCAUGCUUUGCUAAGGUCAACACUGAGGCCUUGCGUCACUGCUGCCCACAGCCUCUGAGGUGGAUUACUGAGGAAACCUGUGUGGUCCCAGUGACGCCAAGGCCGCCACUAGCAUCCCUUUUGACAUCCUAGCCCUCAAACACUGAUAAAAAGACACCCAAACUCUACAAACAAGGUACCUUUUCCUGCACGAACAGCUGUGACAACCUCUUCCGCUCGGUGUUUUCCGAGCACAGGUGUAAUUUUUCUUUUCCUUUUUAAUCCAAGGACAAAAAACAAACAUAUAUGUUUCUCUGAAAUUCAGAAGGAUGGUCUAGUUCCCUUCAGUAGAUUUCCCGCCAGACCCACAACCCUUGUUUUCCAAUAUUUUAAGCUCAACAAACGAACAUGGGUGAGAUGGGAUUUAUUUUUUCCACUCCAUAAUAUUUUGCUGGCACUUUUACCCUCAGGCACACCACCUCUUUUUGUCCCAAACAAAGCAGUGUUACAAUGAGACCUGUGAAAUCCAUCCAUUUGCACUACCAGCUUUCCAGGGAGUUUCGCUUAUGGCAAAUUUGGAGUUUCCUGAUAGAGUGAAACAUCUGAGAACUUUCAAGGGAAGGCAGAAUGGCAAUAAGACCCAAGAAAUUUCUCAGUGGAGGGGCUUCACUUCUCUUGGUUGUCUCCAAACUUUGCUCAGAGUGAAAUCCUAGAAUUUUGGCAGUUUACUUCCUGCUCGCUGAAAACAUUUGAAGAAUUCGGAGGGGAGCAGAAAGACGGGUUUCCACACAUUGCUUUGAAAGUCCAUGCAAGUAUCGUACCAGACUUCCUCCCACACCACUAAUGUUUAGUUUGUUCUCCAUCUUCUUCACGGCCCCCUUGAAGGGAAUUAAGCCAUCUUCAGAUAAGCCCUCCCUACAGCAGAUAUUCAGAUAAGCCCUCCCUACAGCGGGUAUAUCUUAUAGCGUGGCUUUCAAUCUACAGGAGGGUUACUCAUUAUUAUUAUCAUUAUUAUUUUUAAUCACUGAUAUGUUUGUGAACGUCUUCUUCCUCCUCUUCUCCCUGUGACCGAAUACCACAUGACGUCACAUGGUUAACGUCCUGAGGCCUCCGUCUUUAACACUCUCCUCAGUUUUUGUGGUCUCUUCUUCUGCUCUCAGAUUAACUCUCAUUGCCAUUGGCAAAAAGCUCCAUGACACACACUACGGGCCAAGCUACAAGUGAUGAAUGACACUUGAACGGCAAGUGGAUCGAGUGAAGGGCAAGUGAACAGUUAGAAAUACACUUGCUGUUCAGGUGUCAUUUGUCACUUGUAGCUUGGCCCUCAGUGUCAUGCCCAAUGGCCGCCAAGUGAAAACCUUUUGGAGGGCAAGCAUUCCACUAGGCCACACCACACCCAUAUCAUUUGAGCUGUGACUUUACCACAGCCUCCACUGUAUUGUAUAUGAGCUCCCUUCCUAUGAAUGCACCUCCCAACACACAACAAUUGUGCAUGGGAGAAGUUUCACAGUGUCAGUCCACAACAGAGUCUAACAAAGAGGUUGGCCUCUGUAGCAAUGUACAUAGCACACCACACAACACGCUUUCUGUGUAGUAUAUAAUGUUGUCAGUGAGUAGUCUUAGUAGUUUAAACUGCAUCUCAGUUAUAUAUGGCUAGUGUACUUCUCCCCCACUUCACCCCACUGCUGCCACCACACACACUUUUUGCCUUGUGCCUUUUCUCAACUUUGUGUACGUUCUUUCAAAAACUGCAGCAACAACCAAAAAAAAAAUGACACAAUUAAAAAAAAAGUUAAUAAAAGACUGACAUUUCUAUA